CGCGAUUUGUUUUUGCGUUUGUCGCCAGUCAUUGGCACUCAGGAAUUCUUCGUCGAUAUUUGUAAAUUUCCACGAUGCGUGAUUGGGGGAUCAAAGGCAUCACGCGUGUAAAGAGCAGCGCACAACACGCAGGUGGACGCGGCUUCGUCCCGCACAUUUCUGACCCAAACGGCGUCCCCUAUUUUUCCAGCACGCCCUCUGGUGACGUCAUCGAGGUCAGUGACACAGAGGCAUAAGCAAAGAUGGCGACCACCUACUGCAGCUUCAAACUACACACAACUCCAGAGAAAUUCUACGUUGAAGCCUGUGACGAUGGAGCCAAUGAUGUACUUUUUAUUGACAGGGUGUCUUCCGAAAUGACCCUCACAGUGAAGAAGGACAUUCCCCCGUCAGCUGUCACAAGGCAAAUUUGUGGAAUUAUGGGGACCAUUCGCCUGGUUGCUGGUAUGUACCUCAUUGUGAUUACCAAAAAGAAAAAGACUGGAGAUCUCUUUGGCCAUGCAGUUUGGAAAGCGACAGAAUUUGACAUCAUCUCCUAUAAAAAGACGGUGUUGCAUCUGACAGAUAACCAGAUGCAAGAUAACAAGACUUUCCUUGGCAUGAUAAGCCAUGUGCUGAAUACGGAUGGUUUUUACUUUUGCACGAACUACGACCUGACUCACACUUUACAAAGGCUGUCGAACACAAGCCCUGAGUUUCAGGAGAUGAGCCUGCUUGAGAGGGCAGAUCAGCGGUUUGUUUGGAAUGGACACUUAUUACGGGAGUUUUCAGCCCAGCCAGAGCUCCACAAGUUUGUGUUUCCAGUUGUUCAUGGCUUUAUUUUUAUGAAAUCCUGCUACAUCAAUGGAAAGAUGUUUGACUGGAUAUUGAUCUCAAGGAGAAGUUGCUUCCGGGCAGGCGUAAGGUACUAUGUCCGAGGUAUUGAUUCAGAAGGACAUGCUGCUAACUAUGUGGAGACAGAACAGAUUGUCCAGUAUAGUGGAGGAAAAGCUUCUUUUGUGCAGACACGGGGAUCAAUUCCAUUUUACUGGUCACAAAGACCAAACCUCAGGUAUAAACCAAAACCUCAGAUCAACAAAACUGUAAACCAUAUGGAUGGCUUCCAGCGACAUUUUGACUCGCAGAUUAUUAGCUAUGGCAAACAAGUUAUUUUAAAUUUGGUAAACCAGAAAGGUUCCGAAAAACCCCUGGAGCAAGAAUUUUCCAAAAUGGUAGAGAACAUGGGAAAUGGAAUGGUGAAGUACGUUGCGUUUGACUUUCACAAGGAAUGUAGCAGAAUGAGGUGGGAUCGACUGCAGAUUUUAGUAGACAAGGUUGCAGUGCAAGAUGAUUUUGGUUACUUCCUGGUGGACUCAGAUGGCAAAGUGCUGAUGCAGCAGGAGGGCACGUUCCGCAGCAACUGCAUGGACUGCCUCGACAGGACCAACGUGAUUCAGAGUCUGCUAGCUCGCCGCUCUUUGCAGUCCCAGUUACAGAGGCUUGGAGUUCUUCAUGUUGGACAGAGGAUCGAAGAGCAAGCCGAUUUUGAAAAGAUUUACAAAAAUGCCUGGGCAGACAAUGCCAAUGCAUGUGCUAAGCAGUAUGCUGGAACUGGGGCCUUGAAAACGGAUUUUACAAGGACUGGGAAGAGGACACAGUGGGGACUGGUCAUGGAUGGCUGGAAUGCGAUGAUUCGAUACUACAAGAAUAAUUUCUCAGACGGCUUCCGACAAGACUCCAUUGAUUUGAUCCUUGGUAAUUAUGCAGUCGAUGAAGCUGAUUCAUUGGCACCUUUUCGUGUGCAGAAGGACUGGAAGUUCCUCACUUUGCCAAUUAUCAUGGUGGUUGCGUUUUCUAUGUGUAUUAUAUGUCUUCUAAUGGCAGGUGACACCUGGACGGAGACCUUGGCCUACGUUCUCUUCUGGGGCACAGCAAGCUUUGGAACAGCAGCAAUCAUAUUUUAUAAUGGCAGCGAGUUUGUCGAUGCUCCGAAACUGGUUCAAAAAGAAAAAAUGGACUGAAUCUGUGUGUGUGGGAAGCAGUUUGGCCAUCAAGACCCCUCUUUGCAGUUCUUGAGUCUCUACUGAGCUGCUUUCCACACCAGGAGAAAUGCAAGAGCAAAAAGAAAUACAUAUAUUAGUUCUACAUUUUUAAUGAUGGAAGAGGUACAGUACGCGAUCUGGGAGAGUCGGGCCUUACAAGACUUUUUCUCUCAUUCCCUGGCACCUUGUGUCGGUUGACCAUUCUGCCUAAUUUCUGUCCACCUUUGUUUGCCUAAGCCUGUUUAGAUCAAUUCAAUAAAUAAGUGUUCUGUUUUUCGGUAGCUUUUCCAGUCCCUAACAUAGAAGUGAAAAGAUACUGAAAAACGUCAAUUUGCACUUUUCUGGGGGACAGCGAUACUCUUCUAACGAAUGUAGUUUGUUUUGUUUUUUUGCUUUAUUUGUGUUGCCUACAGAUAGUCGCAGAUGUCUUCUUGCCAUGAAACAACCUCUUGGAAGCCUCCCCUGUCCCGAGGUGUCGGUGUCUUUACUGGAGUCGCUCCCUGUCUGAAGUCGUUGUUUUCUUCUUGAAACUCUUCUAAGUUGCCAUGUCGGAUGUUUAUAUUUAUGCCUUGUACUUGUGAAUGACUUCCAUCUGUUUUUUGUGUAACUGGGGUUUGCUUGGCUUAUGGGGUGGACUUUUGUUUUUUUGUUUUCUGGAUUUUGGUGCG